CUCCAAAGCCCACUGCCAGUUCUCUUCGUGGACUAACUGCAACGGAGAGACUAGAGAUGAUUCCUCUCUUACCCAUAUUUUCUCUGUUCUUGCUCGUUGUGGUUAACCCUGCAAAUGCCAAUGGUCAUUAUGACAAGAUCUUGGCUCACAGCCGUAUCAGGGGCCGGGAUCAGGGCCCAAAUGUCUGCGCCCUUCAACAGAUUUUGGGCACCAAAAAGAAAUACUUCAGCACUUGUAGGAACUGGUAUCAAGGUGCCAUCUGUGGAAAGAAAACGACUGUGUUAUAUGAAUGCUGCCCUGGUUAUAUGAGGAUGGAAGGAAUGAAAGGCUGCCCAGCAGUUAUGCCUAUUGAUCAUGUUUAUGGGACCCUGGGCAUUGUGGGAGCCACCACCACGCAGCGUUAUUCUGAUCUCUCAAAACUGAGGGAAGAGAUCGAAGGAAAGGGGUCGUUCACUUACUUCGCACCAAGUAACGAGGCUUGGGACAACCUGGAUUCUGAUAUCCGUAGAGGUUUGGAGAGCAAUGUAAAUGUUGAAUUAUUGAAUGCUUUACAUAGCCACAUGGUUAAUAAGAGAAUGUUGACCAAGGACUUGAAAAACGGCAUGAUUGUUUCUUCAAUGUAUAACAAUUUGGGGCUCUUCAUUAACCAUUAUCCUAAUGGGGUUGUCACUGUUAACUGUGCUCGAAUCAUCCAUGGGAACCAGAUUGCAACAAAUGGCGUUGUGCAUGUCAUUGACCGUGUCCUUACACAAAUCGGUACCUCAAUUCAGGACUUUAUUGAAGCAGAAGAUGACCUCUCAUCUUUUAGAGCAGCUGCCAUCACAUCUGAUGUAUUGGAGGCCCUUGGAAGAGAUGGUCACUUCACACUCUUUGCUCCCACCAAUGAAGCUUUUGAGAGACUUCCACGAGGGGUUCUAGAAAGGAUCAUGGGAGACAAAGUGGCUUCGGAAGCUCUCUUGAAGUACCACAUUUUAAACACCCUCCAGUGUUCCGAGGCUAUCAUGGGAGGAGCAGUAUUUGAGACUCUGGAAGGAAACACAAUUGAGAUAGGAUGUGAUGGUGACAGCAUAACAGUAAAUGGAAUCAAAAUGGUGAACAAAAAAGAUAUUGUGACAAAUAAUGGUGUUAUCCAUUUGAUUGAUCAGGUCCUGAUUCCUGAUUCUGCCAAACAAGUUAUUGAGCUAGCCGGAAAUCAGCAGACCACUUUCACAGACCUUGUGGCCCAAUUAGGCUUGGCAUCUGCUCUGAGGCCAGAUGGAGAAUACACUUUGCUGGCACCCGUGAAUAAUGCAUUUUCUGAUGAUACUCUGAGCAUGGAUCAGCGUCUUCUUAAAUUAAUUCUUCAGAAUCACAUAUUGAAAGUAAAAGUUGGCCUUAAUGAGCUUUACAAUGGACAAAAACUUGAGACCAUUGGAGGCAAACAGCUCAGAGUCUUCGUGUAUCGCACAGCUGUCUGCAUUGAAAAUUCAUGCAUGGUGAGAGGGAGCAAGCAAGGAAGAAAUGGUGCCAUUCACAUAUUCCGAGAGAUCAUCAAACCAGCAGAGAAAUCCCUCCAUGAAAAACUGAAACAAGAUAAGCGCUUCAGCACCUUCCUCAGCCUACUUGAAGCUGCAGACUUGAAAGAGCUCCUGACACAGCCUGGAGAUUGGACCUUGUUUGUGCCAACCAACGAUGCCUUUAAGGGAAUGACUAAUGAGGAAAAGGAAAUUCUUAUUCGGGACAAAAAUGCUCUUCAAAACAUCAUCCUUUAUCACCUGACACCAGGAGUUUUCAUUGGAAAGGGAUUUGAACCUGGUGUUACUAACAUUUUAAAGACCACACAAGGAAGCAAAAUCUAUCUGAAAGGAGUGAAUGAUACACUUCUGGUAAAUGAAUUGAAAUCAAAAGAAUCUGACAUCAUGACAACAAAUGGUGUCAUUCAUGUUGUAGAUAAACUCCUCUAUCCAGCAGACACACCUGUUGGAAAUGAUCAGCUGCUGGAAAUACUUAAUAAACUGAUCAAAUACAUCCAAAUUAAGUUUGUUCGUGGUAGCACCUUCAAAGAAAUCCCCAUAACUGUCUACACAACUAAAAUUAUAACCAAAGUUGUGGAACCAAAAAUUAAAGUGAUUGAAGGCAGUCUUCAGCCUAUUAUCAAAACAGAAGGACCCACAAUAACAAAGGUCAAAAUUGAAGGUGAACCUGAAUUCAGACUGAUUAAAGAAGGUGAAACAGUAACUGAAGUGAUCCAUGGAGAGCCAAUUAUUAAAAAAUACACCAAAAUCAUUGAUGGAGUGCCUGUGGAAAUAACUGAAAAAGAGACAAGAGAAGAACGAAUCAUUACAGGUCCUGAAAUAAAAUACACUAGAAUUUCAACUAGUGGUGGAGAAACAGAAGAAACUCUGAAGAAAUUGUUGCAAGAAGAGGUCACCAAGGUCACCAAAUUCAUUGAAGGUGGUGAUGGUCAUUUAUUUGAAGAUGAAGAAAUUAAAAGACUGCUUCAGGGAGACACACCUGUGAGGAAGAUACAAGCCAACAGAAGAAUUCAAGGAUCUAGAAGACGAUCAAGGGAAGAUCGUCCUCAGUGAAAAUCCAGAGACCAGACAACAAAGUUUACAAAGCCCUAAAUCAACAACCUGAUCUUAAAGGAAAAAUAUGAGAGUUACGCUGACAUGAAGAAAUGAACCACCAACACUAAAAAGCAAUCACUGAACAAUUCUGAAUGCAAAUAUAGUAUUUUUUUUUUCUGAAUGAGAAACAGGAGGGAAAUUGUGGGUUUAGCCUCCUGUGGGAUAGAAUCUGAGGGAAACGUAACACCGUACAGGCUUUUACAUCUUGACAUUAAAAUUUCUGGCUAACUCUGGAAUCCAUGAGAGAAAAUCCUUGCCACUGGAUUAAUUACAGUUCAGAUCUCAGAGUGGUGAGCUGUUACCCCUUGAGAAGAUUGAACCUUGAAUAAUGGAGAGAUAAAAUGCAUGCAAGGGGUUACCUCUCAACGGGAAAUGGAUAAAUAAAAAUGGGUGCUCAGUAUUAAAAAAAAAUAAUGUCAAAACCAAAACUUUUACAUCAAAAAGCUUUGCACAUUUGUAAUACAAUGUGGGUUUACCAGAAAAUUAUGUUAUUUCUACAACUAAUUUUGUACUCUUGAAAUGUUUGUCUUAUGCUUCUUGCAAUACAUAUUUUUAUCUCAAACAUUUCAAUAAAUCCAUUUUUCAGGUAUAAAAAGAAUUACUUCAAAUUGAGUAAUUCAAAAAACUCAAGGUUUAAGUUAAUAAGAGGUUUGGACUUGGGAACAGGACUUUAUACCUCUUUUUUUUUUUUUAUAACAAAUACUCAUUAAAGGAAAUUG